AUGAUGCUGAAGUAUUCAAGAGCUGCAACAAACUUAAGGGAGUUAGAGGAACUUGGAUGUACCAUAAUGCAUGGAGUUGAUGCACAUACUAUGAUCAAGCAUCCUCUUCUGAAUCAGAAGUUGUUCGACAGGAUAGUCUAUAAUUCUCCUGCUACAGCUCUCAAAAGGAGGGAAUCAAAUACUCGUCAAAUUGAGAAACAUCAAAGGUUGGUGGAGGGCUUCCUGGAGAGUGCUUAUGACAUUUUGGAAGUGAUUGGAGAAAUUCAUGUGACCCAUAAAACCACAGAACCUUACAGGAAGUGGGAUAUCGAGAGAUUAGCAGAGGAUGCUGGCUGUGCUUGGUUGAGAAAGUUACGUUCAAGAAAGCUGACUAUCCAGGAAUAG